AUGCCACGCAGAGCUCAUAAGAAGUCCCGGAAUGGUUGUCUGGAGUGCAAGCGCCGCCAUAUCAAAUGCAAUGAAAACCGUCCGAUAUGUUCCAAUUGCCGCGUCUCAGAGCGGGUGUGUGAGUAUGGAAUCAAUGUGUUCAAGGUUACACGGCCUGUAGACUCGCCAAAUCGCUCGGCGGCUUCUGCGUCUCUCUCACCAGCGACCAACCAACCGUCAGGCCGCUCCAGUCUCAGCCCAAAUCCAGGAACUCCUCAAGAUGCACCAGUGAACAUGCUUCACAUGGAGCUUUUCUACCAUUUAUAUACCGAGACGUUUUCGGAGUUGGACCGCAGGAAGAAUACCGACCAUUUGCUCACUAUUAUGCCGCACCUCUUAAAAGCACCCUACAUGGCGAAUGAGCUGCUCGCCUUCAGCGCAUUACACCUCAGCACCAAGCAUCCAGAGCGACGGGAGUACUACCGGACUCAUGCCGCUCAGCUGCAGACGCAUGCGCUGGCAAUUUUUAAAGAAACAAACUUGGAGGUGAAUCAAGAAACCUGUGUACCACUGUUCUUCUUCUCGGCUAUCCUUGGGCUCCACACGCUCUGCGACGUACUCGUAUACAGGGACAACGAUUUCGACCAGUUUGUCGAAAAGUUCGUGCACUGCUUUCGACUCCAUCGGGGUAUCAGAGCAAUUUGCGGGAAGGCCUGGGAUAUGCUACACCAAUCGGUCCUCAAGCCGCUGAUAGUGGACGGUCAGUCCCUUUAUCAAUUCGACGGUCGGCUGGGAGCGGGAUGCGAGAAACUUCUUAGCCAUGUUCAAGCGGCAAAGCUCGGAGAUACCUUGACAAAUAUCUACAAACAAGCCAUCGAGCAGCUACAGACCUCGACGAAUGCGUUGCUGGCUGCUGGAUCUCUCGCCGGAAGUAGUCAAGGCAGCAUCGGAUGGCCUGUACUUGUUCCCCCGGAAUACAUUGAUCAACUGCUGCAGCGGCGGCCAGAGGCGCUUGUGAUCCUGGCUCAUUAUGCCAUUUUAAUUCAUUCCUGCCGUGAUUCGUGGAUUUUUGGCGACGGUGGUCAAUUCCUCAUCGGGUCCAUUCGUGAUUUUCUGGGCCCGGAUUGGACUGAGUGGUUGGAAUGGCCAAUAAAAGCUCUGGAUAGUCCCAUCGAGCCGUUGCUACGAGCAUUCGGGUGA